AAGGGGCAGCAUCACGGAAAGGAAGCUUCGAGAACGUGAUGUUCGCGCGCGCGCGUGCACUGCCCCGUCUCGUUGCUUGCCGGUCCGGUCCGAUCCGAUCGCAGUUUAGGUUACACAACGUGCACGAGUCGUCGAACGUGCGUUCGCCGCCGGUUUCGCAUUUUGAUCGAUUCGGUGAUUGCGAAAGAAGAUCUACAACUAUGGCUGCCAAUGCUGUGAAGAGGCUGAUUCCUCUUUUUGAUAGAGUUCUCGUACAAAGAGCUGAAGCUAUUACGAAAACGAAAGGUGGUAUUGUAUUACCAGAAAAAGCGCAAGCAAAAGUUCUCCAAGGCACUGUUAUAGCCACAGGUCCUGGAGCGAGGAACGAUAAAGGAGAACAUGUGCCUUUAAGUAUUAAAAUUGGAGAUGUUGUAUUACUCCCCGAAUAUGGUGGCACAAAAGUUGAGCUUGAGGACAACAAAGAAUACCACUUGUUCCGCGAAUCGGAUAUAUUAGCCAAAGUAGAAGUUUAACUCGUUGAAUUUAAGUUGCGUUUUCUUCAGUUUUGUUAAUGCUAUAAAUCGUUCUAGAAUUUCAUGAACAGCGAAAACAUGUAUACAUUGAUUCACAUGCAAUCUAAAGUUCUUUUAAAAAGACCUAAGUUCUUCAAAGAAUUUGUUACUGCUAAGAUGUCAUUGUUUCUUACUAUACAUACAAUUUUCUGAUAAAAUAAAGCAUUUAUCUAUUGUA